CAUGGGCAACAGCUCCUCCAACAGUAAGACCAACAGAACCCAUCCUCCAGAAACGCCUCUAUUUGCAGAUAAAGAUUAUGACUUCAGAAUCCCAGCCCUUCUGUACGUCCGGGAAUGGAACACGUUCCUGGCAUUUGCAGAGAAACGGAGAACGUCGAGAGAUGAACAUGCAGAGAAUCUGGUGAUGAGGAAAGGCACAAGGCAGACUGAAGGCACACUGCAGUGGUCUCCCACAGAGGACCUGAUGAAGGCAACUGUUAAAGGCUACCGCACCAUGAACCCUUGUCCAGUCUUUGAGAGGAACUCCAAAACCCUCUUCCUGUUCUUCAUCUGCCUGAAGGGCAGCGUUCCAGAGUGCGCCCUCAAGCCUGGCAUGUCCCUUCUGUGCUACGUCACAAGUCGUGACUGUGGAAAGACCUGGAGUGACCCAACAGACCUAACGCACAUCAUCGUCAACAACUUCCCCAAGUAUAAGACCUUCGCCGUAGGGCCAGGCCACGGGAUCCAGCUGAGCGGUGAGCUGAGCAGCAGUCUGCUCAUUCCUGCCUAUGUGAAGGUGGUGAAGGGCAGUCCUUGCUGUUGGUGCCUUGCGGGCAUCUGUGGCUGUGAAAGCAACCACUCUGUGGUGAUACGGAGCCAGAAUCCCCCUGACACCUGGCAGGUGGGUGAGCCCAUCGCCAUGAAAACCGGUGAGUGUCAGCUGGCCGAGGUGUGUAACAGGGAGGGGACACGACAGGUGUACAUGAACGCCCGCAGCGCUGGAGAGUUCCGACUGGAGGCGCUAAGCGACGACGGCGGGAUUAGUUUCACCCUUCUCCCUGAGCUGACUCUCAAAGAGAGGCCAAAGGGCUGCCAGGGGAGCGUACUGGCUUUCCCAGCCAGAGAGCUUCUGGUAGGACAGGGAGAAGGAGGACAAGAGGGAUCCCAGGAGACGGCUCUGCUCUUCAGCCACCCGACUGCAGGGGAGGGCUACCACAGGAAGGACCUGGGGCUCUACAAGAGCAAGUCUCUGCAGGACCAACCCCCAUGGGGAAAGCCCUCCAUCAUCCACCCAGGCACCAGUGGAUACUCUGACCUCACCCACUGCGAGAAGGAGGGCCAGUUUGCCUGUCUCAUGGAGUGCGGUGGAGGGGAACGCCUUCAGAUUGUCUUCAGAGAGUUUGAUCUCCACAGUCCUAGUGGAGCUAUGUCAAAGGCUCCAUGA